ACUUCGGUCAGUUGGUUUUACCCAUAGAUAUGAAUACGUAGCAUGUCUACUGCUAGCUUGGUAAAAAUCAGCCCCUUGUUCUAUUUGUUUCGUACAGAGGGUCUAGGCUCUCGGUUGCUUCCUGGAGUCGUGGACUGUGCUGAAGUCUUACAUUUGAGCUAAUCACUACCGUUUGUCCCCGACGUGCGCCAGUUCAACGCUAAGAAACGUCUCGGAAGUUGCCUGCGCUGUAAACGACCAUAUUCUACUGCAAAGAGAGAAGAGACGAGCUGACGGAGGUGGCUGCUGAUGUUCAUUCAGUAUUUGCGACAGAAGACGGACUCUCCUGAAAUCCUCCUCACUGUUUCUCCAUCAUGAGUGGCUCAAAGCCGGACAUCCUGUGGUCUCCUCACCACCCCGACCGCUACGUCAUCUGCGACUCUGAGCUGGGCCUGUACAGCAUCGGAUCUGUGGGCAGCACCGAAACAAAACCCGGCACUCUCUCCCUCUCUGAGGAAACUGCUGCUACAUUACUAGCCAUAAACUCUGACACUCCAUACAUGAAAUGUGUGGCCUGGUACCCAAAACAUGAGCCUGAAUGUUUGCUGGCUGUGGGACAAGCUAACGGCAGAGUUGUGCUCACCAGUUUGGGCCAGAACCACAACUCUACGUGUAAAGAGCUGGUGGGGAAAGAGUUUGUGCCCAAGCAUGCCCGGCAGUGCAACACGUUAGCCUGGAACCCGGUGGACAGCAACCUACUAGCAGCUGGGCUGGAUAAGCACCGUGCAGACUUCUCUGUCCUCAUAUGGGAUAUUAGCAGUAAAUUUACCCCAGAAACCAGCGUAGCAGCUGAGAAAAUCCGUCUCUCGUCUGUUGAUCUGGACUCCAGCACGGUGGUGACCAAGCCGCUGUAUGAGCUGGGCCAAAACGACGCCUGCCUGUCCCUCUGCUGGCUGCUUCGAGACACAAAGCUGCUCUUAGCUGGCAUGCACAGAAACCUCGCAAUAUUUGACUUGAGGAACACGAGCCAGAAAACGUUUGUGAACACUAAGGCCAUCCAGGGGGUGACGGUCGAUCCACACUUUCCCGACCGCGUGGCGUCCUUCUUUGAAGGCCAGGUGGCCAUUUGGGACCUGAGGAAGUUUGAGAAGCCGGUGCUGACCCUCACAGAGCAGCCAAAGCCUCUCACUAAGGUGGCGUGGUGUCCGACUCGCACCGGCCUUCUGGCGACGCUGACACGCGACAGCAACAUCAUCCGCCUGUACGACAUGCAGCACACUCCCACCCCCAUUGGCGACGAGACGGAGCCCACCAUCAUCGAGCGAAGCGUGCAGCCCUGCGACAGCCAGAUCGGCAGCUUCGCCUGGCACCCCUCCUCCCAAAACCGCAUGGUGGUGGUCUCCGCCGCCAACCGGGUCAUGACCGACUUCACCGUGUUCGAGCGCAUCUCUCUGGCCUGGAGCUCCACGGCGUCGCUCAUGUGGGCCUGCGGCCGACACCUGUACAGCUGCGUCGAGGACGAGGCCGAAGGGACGGACGGCGCAGCCGAGAAAGACAUCGCCACCAAGAUGAGGGAGCGAGCUCAGUCCAGGUACGGACACGACACCGUCCAGGUUUGGAGGAACCACCUGCUGGCCGGAGGGAGCGACCCGCAGCUCAGGUCUUUAUGGUUCGACCUGUUCUAUAUGAAGCAGUGUUCAGAGGACGUGGAGCUGAAACUGCAAGGAAACAAACAGUUUGUGGUUUAUUCUGGCAUCAAGAACAUUGUGAAGUCGAGCUCAGGCACGACGGAGAGCCGCAGGUGCUGGAGCGGCUCGGACCGGCAGACAGACGUAACCCGCUUCCAGAGCGACGAGCGCUGCCUCGCCCUGCGGCUCUGCGGAUGGAUCAGCCGCGGUCCGGACAUCGACGUGGAAACCUUCCUGCGGUCUCUAGAGCAGGAACGCGAGUGGGAGCGAGCGGCGGCCAUCGCUCUCUUCAACCUGGAUAUCCGCCGCGCCAUCCAGAUCCUCAGCAAGGGAGCCGUCACUGAAAAAGGCGACCUGAACCUGAACGUUGUUGCCAUGGCGCUGUCGGGCUACACCGACGAGAAGUCGUCCCUGUGGAGGGAGAUGUGCAGCUCUCUGAGGCUGCAGCUGAAGAAUCCCUACCUCUGUGUCAUGUUCGCCUUCCUCACCAGUGAGCCUGGAGCCUACGACGGCGUGCUGUAUGAGAGCAAAGUUGCCGUCCGGGACAGAGUCGCCUUCGCCUGCAUGUUUCUCAGCGAUGCUCAGCUGCCGCGUUACAUCGACAAACUGACCGCCGAGAUGAAGGAGGCAGGAAACCUGGAGGGAAUCCUGCUGACCGGACUCACCAAAGAUGGCGUCGAUCUGAUGGAGAGCUAUGUGGACCGGACCGGGGACGUUCAGACCGCCAGCUUCUGCAUGCUAAAGGGCUCCCCUGGCGACGUGUUGAAAGACCCUCGGGUCCAGUGCUGGAUCGAAAACUACCGCAACCUGCUGGACGCAUGGAGGUUCUGGCACAAACGAGCCGAGUUUGACAUCCUCAGAGGCAAACUGGACCCCAGCUCCAAACCUCUCGCUCAGGUGUUUGUGAGCUGUAAUUUCUGCGGGAAGUCCAUUUCCUACAGCUGCUCUGCGAUGCCUCAUCAGGGUCGGGGCUUCAGCCAGUACGGGGUCAGCGGGUCACCCACCAAAUCAAAGGUCACCAGCUGUCCUGGCUGCAGGAAGCCUCUGCCGCGCUGCGCACUCUGCCUCAUGAACAUGGGCACACCUGUUUCCAGUUGCUCAGGAGCUGGAAAGUCGGAUGAGAAAAUGGACUUAACAAGGGAGAACAAACUCGCCCAGUUCAACAACUGGUUCACCUGGUGCCACAACUGUCGACAUGGUGGCCAUGCCGGUCACAUGCUGAGCUGGUUCAGAGACCACACAGAGUGCCCGGUGUCGGCCUGUGCGUGUAAAUGCAUGCAGCUGGACACCACAGGGAACCUGGUGCCGGUAGACAGCAGCUAAACGGGACAAACCGAAGCUAAACACGAACUGGGAGCCAACUGGUGCAGACUGGCUGCUGCGCCACCACACCAGCAAGCGUCGGCGACGACCCGCUCUGAAGUGGCUGCUUGGAUUGAAAGUUACACUGCAAAAACACAAAAUCUUACCAGGUGUUUUUGUCUAGUUUCUUUUGCAAAUAUUCUAGUAUGUUUGAGAUAAAACCAAACUCACACGUGACCUUUCAGCAAGAAAUAGCAGCUCGUUUAGGUCAAUGAUUCCUUAAAACUGAUGGAAAAAUCUAAGAGUCUACCAAUGGAACCAAUACGUUUCCAAAAAUAUUAAGGAAUUAUUGACUUAAAAAACUCCCUGUUUCUUGCUAAAAGUUACUUAUGAGUUAGUUUUGUCUAAUUUCAAAUCUACUAAGAUAUUUGCUGUAGAAACUAAACAAAAAUAUGAAUAUGUUUGUUGUUUGGAGUGAUGCUGUUAAGCAUUAGUCCAGGGAAUGUUGCAUCACACCAGAGGUCUAUAUGAAGAAGGGAAUCAAAGUAAUGAUUUGACUAACCAUGUUAAAGUGAGAAAGGGAGCAAAUACUAAUUUACUGCUCUACUAAUAAAAAUCACUCUCAGGAGAAUCACUAGAGGCUGUGCUGCUUCCAGCCUCUUCCAGUCUAACCUGAAUCAGGAUGCUGUUGUUUUUAACCAGACAGUCAGAUAUCAGGUCGUGCCAUUAUUCCUAAAGUGAGCUUUGUUGUGUUUUAGUCCGUGUUUAUCGUCUGGUGGAGAAAAAAAUAAAUCUUCACAUACCUCAUCAACGUUUUGUUUGGGGAGCGAUUACAAUAAUAACGCACUGCAAAAAUAUCAAAUCUUACCAAGUAUCUUUAUUCUAGUCUUUAGUGCAAAUAUCUUAGCACACUUGAAAUAAGACAAAACUAACUUAGAAGUAUUUUUACAGAAACACAUAUGAGCUCAUUUUAAGUCAAUAAUUCUUUAAUAUUGAUGAAAUAGUUCUAGCUGAACUUGCAGGUUUUAUGUAUAACAAGGGAAAAUGUUCUGUUAGUGAAAUAAUCUUCCAGUGGAACUAGCACUUUUUAAAAAUUCAUAUUAAGGAAUUAUUUACUUGAAACAAGCUGCUGUUUAUUAUUGAAAAGUUACUUGGAAGCUAUUUUCUUUCCUUUUUAAAUUGUACUAAGACAUUUGCACUAGAGCAGGUGUCAAACUCGAGGUGCGCGGGCCAAAUCUGGCCUGCCAUAGCUAUCUUUGUGGCCCUCUAGACCCUAUUGUAGGUCACAUAAUAUUAUUUUAUAAGUCAAAUUAAAUCAGUUUUUAUCUGUAUUGCCAAAUUGCUUCAAUGUGAAAAGAAUUUAAUAUUAUUUAAUUUGAAGAAGUUCUAAUCAAAUGCAGAGAAAGCUAUUUAUUUAGUUUUUUACGCAACAGGUUGUGGCAGUUGAUAUUACUUGAAAAGGCUCUGAUUGGUUGUUUUUGGUUGGGAGUGUUGCAUUUCUUCAGAUGUUGUAGCACAAAUGGCCCUUUAAAUUCACAGUAUGUAACUUUUAUAAAAAAUAUAUUUUUACAUAUAUGUUGAAACUGUCACUUUGUUGUUUGUUAUGAAACAGCUAAUCUGUGAAAGCCUUGAGCUCCUCUGUCUUCUCAUUGUGCUAACAACCAAUCAGAGCCAGGAGGUGGAUCUUAGCGCUGUCCAUCACUCUCUGUAUGGUGCUGCUCAUCCUCCCAUUGUUGCUCUCUGCCUGUUGUGAAUGCUAUGGCUAGCUAGCAUGGAUGAGGAGAGAUAAAUGGCUAUCCCGUUAAGACAAGUUUUUUAGCAUUUAGCAGCGAUUACAUGAGCUUGAUUGACAGCGCUAAGUCCCUCCUCCUGGCUCUGAUUGGUUGUUUUCUACCGGGAGAGUUGCAUUUCUUCAGAUGACGAUAUUAUCUCAAGGAGAAGGCAGAGGAGCUUUAUGUUUUCACAGAUUAUCUGUCUCAUAACAAAGUGUUACAGCAUGGUUUUAAUAUGUACAAAGAUAUUUUUUCAUUAAAGUUACAUACUUCACCCCGAACGAGAUCCAGGAUCUUGAUGAGUUUGACACCUCUGCAUUAGAAACUAGGCUUUGGUGUUUUUCCAGUGAUGCUCUCCAGUGUGAAAGGUUUGCUGUGGAGGGAGGGACGGGGGGCGGAUUAGAGACGUUAUGGAGGAAGAGGAGUGUGGGAGGGUGCGUCUGCAUUCACCAGCCCACUCCAGGCCUGUGGUCUGUGAAAGACGCUCCCCAGAAAACGGCAGCUGCUCGGCACCCUGACAAGACCCUCCAGAUUGUUCCCCUCAUAAAGAAGCUCAGCUGCCGGAACACUAUUGACUCAAAGAGAAAACGAGAGAACAGCGACUCCCCUCCCUCCUACGACCUCCACAUCAACACACUGCCCUGCUCUUUCUUUUCUCCCCUCGCCGAAAUUCCACCCAAAAUCUAUGCAUACCACAUGAAUCCAGGGAUGGCCGCCAUCUGUGGGGUAGCCGUCGUCUGUAAAUGGCGUUUGUGUCUUUCUUUGCGUGGUCUCAAGCGCAGGGUCUGAUUGUAAAUUGGGCGGCCUUCCCCAUAUCUGGCUAAAUCACUUAGUCAUGCAGGGCUCAGGAGGAGUUCACCGAGGUUCUAAAGGCCUGCGUUCCCCUUUGUGGGCCAUCUUGGAUCUGGGCGGACAAAUUGGUGAGCCCUGGAAAACAGAGCGGCUGGGAUUUCAUCCUUUUCAACCGUUUUUUUUUGUGUUUUUGCCUUUUAAAUAAAUCUCAGUUAACAAAUCGAA